GAGAUGUAUCAAUCUAAUCAAGCAAGAAUUAAGAAGGAAAUCCCUUCCAUCUUGCCCGGCCGUGGGCAAAAGGCCCCCGGCCGGCCCUCUCGCGCCCUCCUUCUAGCAGCACCAUAACAGGGACAUUAAACAUAUAUAGGAUUUCACCCUUGCUACUCAUGUUUUAAAGUGUUGUCCUGGAAAAAAUUUAGAUGCCGUACCAUCUCUGAGGUAGAAGAUGGCUCCUAAACUUGCUUCCCAAUUGCCGGUUAUUGUCUUCUGGGACUACUAACUAGUGAAUUUAUAUUACAUGUCCAGAUGGAGAACCAUGCUAGUAGAAGUAAGUGCUGUUGUGUGCUUUGUUUAUUUGCCGACAAGAACUGUGUUUUCCCUGCAACUGGAAAUGUUUCAAGUCUGUCAUGCCUCCAAAGAAGAUUGAAGUGGUCUAAGUAUCAAGGUCCUUCUAGGUGGAGAUACAUGGAAAUAAAAAUCUUCAAUGGUCUGCGAAAAUAUCCCUAAGAAGCAUCUAUAAUCUUUGGUGAGAGAAUGCUAACUUUGCUCAAAAAGUCAAAGAGCUGAGGAUUCAAACAAGGUACAAACAAUUUCUUCUAGUUAUAGUUUUCUUCCAAGGUUCUAGCAUGGCUCUAUACAUAGAGGUGCAAGCUUGAAACUUGACUGAUGUUUACUUUUGAGGUGAUAAAAUCUCACCAGGAUGUAGCACUUGGUUUGCAAGUUUGGAACUGAUUAACUGAGUAGUUCUUACAGUUGAACAUUGUGCUCAUUUUGUCGAAUCAACAGCAGGACAGUGCCUAUUUCCUUGUAGCUGGAACCGAGGAGGUUUGCUGCAAUAUCUAUUCCAGGAACCAGAAUUUUCCUUAGUUAACUUCCAGCUGCACCUGUAACUUUGUAAAGUUGUACUGAAAGGCCUAUUAUGUGGCAUCACGCUUAAAUUCAUUCCGGGUCUGGAAGAAGAGUAAAUUAUGGAAGUAAAAUACCAUGAGAAAUCUGAGUGCAUGCCCAUCUACUUGCUACCAGGCUUGGUUGACUCUUGACAGAAAGAAGUUGUGGCUGACUUGAGAAGGCAUUCAAGAGUUGCCUGAGUUAUGAUUUGAUAAAAGGAGAUAAUGUAGGGAAAUGAUGUUGGCAUCAGAUAAUGUAAUCAUCCUCCAGUUGAAGUAUUCUACGACUGGACCAACUGAACCACAAGUAUGGAAUCAAAAUAAACAACACAUAUGCAGACAGAGAGUGGUUUCCAUUUCUUUAUUUAGACGUUUUCUAAAACUGAUCAGCAGGUGCAUCCCCUUUGGCCGUGCUGGAUCCUUAUUAGCUUAUGUCAUCACGAUAUACAGGAGAGCGAAUACUAAAUAUAGGCCUUUUGGCCCUUUUCAAUCAAAAUCAGGACUAGGUACUACUGAUACAUCAUGGAGUGUUUAUUUCCCCCCCCCCCCUACCUUGUUGUAUUGUUCUGUGUUUUAUUCGAUGUCGUAUGGCGGUGCAGUUGCUUCUUAUUGUAUGUCAUGUUUGGUGAUGGAAGAAGUUGACUCAUUCUGCAAAAGGAAAACCACAAACCAAUAUAGAACGUUUUGACUUAUCACAGGGCUAGCUGGAGUCCAGUACCUACCAACUCCUUGUUUUAAGCUUAACGUUAGUGCUAACUCGUUUUCCUGCCACGUUGCCUUGGGUCUUCAACUUGAAUUAGUAUAUUCAUAUCCUGAUGCUGAUAUGAUAUGAUAUGUCUUCCACUCUGCACUAGCAGUUCUAUGUUUUUUUUAUACUCUAGAAAGCAGUUCUAUUUUUCUGGGGCACAUUGUUGAUUGUUCAACUUUUGUACUAACUGCAAAUUCUACUACACCAGAGAAUAUAGUACUAGUAUUUUGGUAGAUCGUAUUAUUAUUUUUAUUUUAACUAAUAACAGGACAGCUGGUGGCUGAAAGGGUUAUUUCCCUUGAAAAUUAUAUAAGUGGAGUUGAUAAGAGGCCCGCCUCAAACUCUCAAAGGCACCUGCUUGUUUGGCGCCACCUCUCAUCUGUUUGUCGUUUGCUUACUCCUGCGGAUUCAUCAUAUUCCAGUCUUUACAAGCUGCCAUCAAGAUGUUGCCGCUUGAACAUAAGCCCGGGCACUGAGUUUUUUGGAUGGCAGUGACCUGCAGAACCUCCAAGAUAUCUGCCUUCCGUGGUUGCAAUUCUUGUGGGUCCUACUUUUAAUCUUGCAAGUGCUUCAAAGGGAAGGCCUGCACUGCAAGGGAGUAGUGAGGGAGGCAGAGUUAUGGGAGUUGUGCUUCUAGAUUUCUCUCACAAAUUGAUCAAACGACGAGCUUGUCUACGGUGGAAGCAAGCAGGCCGCGCAUCUUACCGUUGCAGCUAGUAUUUUCUGGCAGCUUGCUCCCAGUCUGCAACUUCUCUUUGCUGUGUUUGUUGCAUGAGGUUUGAGCUGUGAGCACAUGGGGUUGAACACAGAAUCGUUGCGAGGCUUGUGUUCUGAUCGUCUAUGGAAGUAUGCAGUAUUUUGGUCAAUCAAAAGCGAGAAGCAUGGCAUCUUGACUUGGGAGGAUGGCUACGUCGACAAGAUGACCAAAAACACGAGAGAUCAUUACGGGGGCCCAGCUGAUGGUGACAACCAGAUAAUAACACCUACUUCUAACGAUGGCCAAUAUCAAAGCUAUCCAUUUUGCCCCAUCGAGGCAGCAUUACUGCGCAUGUCUAGUCAUUCAUAUUCUCUUGGAGAAGAAAUUAUUGGUAAAGUGGCCAUUAUGGGACAACAUUGCUGGAUUUCUUCCAGUGAUCUUCGUUCAACUUUGGUGUACAAGUAUCACGAAGACUGGCAAUUUCAGUUUGCAGCAGGAAUCAAAACAGUUCUACUUGUACCAGUGAUUCCUUAUGGGGUUCUUCACCUGGGAUCUUUAUGUAUGGUUUUGGAAAGUUCAGCACUGGCGACACACAUGAAGGACCUGUUCUAUAAGAUUUACAAUCCCUCAAUUCCUCAUAAUCCUUCAGCCACAGGGUUCUGCUACUCAAAUUCUUUGAAAAGACCUACUGCAGAUGUAUCGUUGGAUCCCGCAGAUGUUCUGGCCCAUGACUUAUUUGAUGUGAUCAACAAUUCUGCUCAGCUAUUUACCAUUGAACACCUUAGUCUACCACAUCCCUUCACUCCGUCCGAGUUUCCAAUGUUAGAAGAUGUCAUUACAGGAGCGUACGAUAUUGGUCUAACAACUUGCUCAGAUGAGAGUGAUCUGUGGACCAAUGUUCAUGAAGCACCAUCUGAACUCACUCACUGCAAGACACUGGUCGACCCGGAGAUGAAAAACCUCUCAUUUAUGGAUAAGUUGAUCAAUUCCAACAGCAAACUGAGUUGCACAUCAGUAAUUAACAUACAAGAUGCGGAUUAUAAUAAUAUUGAUGAUUUUAUUCUGGCAUAUAUGGCACAAGAAUAUCAGGAGCACACAUGUGGCAGCACUUUAGUUUUAAAUGAUGAUGUUGUAACUUCAGAUUCUUCAAUUCACUCAAAGAUGCACAAAGAUCUUGAGGCAAUUCCCAGGGAAGAUAUUGAGAGCUUCAUGUGGCAUGGUAGAUUGAAACAACAAGAGUCUACAAGCCACUCUCUCCUUCAAGCGAAUGGAAAUAAAGCAUAUUCUUACUCACACCUCGAGACCAAUGAUUAUGCUGAAUUCUUAGUGGAUGCUAUAACCAACCAGGUUGGUAAUAUCCCAAACAGUUGCUCGUAUCACUCGACUGAUUCUUCGACUUCAAGCGAAACACAAAUACAGAGAGAAGAUCAUGCACUGAGGUUGGAUUCUUCGACUUCAUGCGGAACACAAAUACAGAGAGAAGAUCAUGCACUGAGGUUGGAGGAAUCGGCAAUCCCAGAUCCCUUUGGUGGUCGAGAAUUUUCACUUACCUCAGUCGAAGAAGGCUUCAUGACUUCCAAAAUGACUGUUUCGCUCCCGAAGGGAAUCAACAGGACCAUGACUGAAGAAUGCGUGGUUCAUACAAUUCAAGACAUGCACAGGGAAAUUUCAGUUGAAAUAAAGCAUGAAGGCGGAAAAAAAGAACUGCACAGACCAAGACCGAGAGACAGGCAACUGAUUCAAGACAGGAUGAAGGAGUUGAGGGAGCUCAUUCCAAAUGCAUCAAAGUGCAGCAUUGAUGCUCUCCUGGACAAAACAAUAACACAAAUGCUGUUCCUCCAAAGUGUAUCGGAGAAAGCUGAGAAGCUUCAGAACAAAACAAGAAAUGAGAAGUUCGGUAACGAGGCCAAGAAGAAGCUGGAAAACUGCCCGCUGAGAGUGGAAGAGCUCGAGGAACCUGGUCAUCUUCUCAUUGAGAUAUUGUGCAAGGAGUAUGACGUCUUUUUCGAGACUGCGCAUCUGUUCAAGGGCCUUGAGGUCAGCAUACUGAAGGGAGAGCUGGAGCAUCGUUCUGGCCAGCUCUGGGCUCGCUUUGUUGUUGAGGCUUCCAAAUGUUCAAACCAGAUGCAGAUUCUUUGCCCACUGAUGCACCUCUUGCAGAGGAGAUGAUUCCAUUGCCGCGUGUUCAGACAAGUGCCGCCUUGCAGCUAGUCCAGUUUCCGUUUCAAUAAGAGUGUGCAGUUACAGAAUAUACUGUUUCAUUGCAGACAUCUGUUUCCUUCUCUGAGACAUAUGGCAACCCAGAGUUGCUUAUGCUGUUACAGAAUAUACUUUGAUCACAGGACUGUGAAAUGCUAUGGUGUGAAAGGAAUGCAUUGUGUACCAAAAGUUCAUCAUAUGAAAGAUGCCUAUAAACUA